AAUAAAGAAUAAGGAGUGAGUUUCGUAUAAUUCUGAAGUGUAGAGGACGAGAGAACCUGACAUGGAUGAAUUAUUUCGCUCAAGAGACUGGACUUACAGGUUUUACUUUUUACUUGUACUUUGUUAAUACGUCUUGGUCAUAGUGCUAAAACUAUUUAACUGUCAUUGUCAGAAUUGUCACAAAAAUUAGGGACUAUUAAAUAAAUUUAUUACGCUAAUUAUUUAUUGUUAUAAAAAAUGCAGUGGUUAAAAUUAAGAUCAUUUAAAAGUUUUAUCUUUCCCACGCGUCACCUUAUGACUUCCGCACCAAAAAGAGGACAACGUUGGUAUCCUGAUGCUGAAUACGUGGAACAGUUUAAUAAACCCUUAAUGUAUGCAGAUCCUAAGACUGAAACAUAUUAUAAGAUGAUCUACAACUCCAAAAUAAAGCCUGUAGAACGCAAACUAACAAAUAUGUGGAUAAAUUUUGGCCCUCAACAUCCGGCGGCUCAUGGCGUACUUCGACUUAUUCUAGAACUAGAUGGCGAAACCGUGGUGAGAGCUGACCCCCACGUCGGUUUUUUGCAUAGAGCCACAGAAAAACUAAUGGAGAAUAAACAUUAUAACCAGAGUCUCCCGUUCAUGGAUCGUCUGGAUUACGUGUCGACAUUGGCUAAUGAACAAUGCUUCGCUCUUGCUGUAGAAACCUUGUUGAAUAUAGAAGUACCUCCUCGCGCAAAAGCAAUACGCGUUCUGUGUAGUGAACUUAGCAGAGUAGCAAAUCAUUUAUUAAACAUUUCUGGCACAAUUCUAGAUGCUGGUGGGAUUACACCAUUUUUCUGGAUGUGUGAGGAAAGAGAGAAAAUUUAUGAACUUUUUGAAAGACUCUGCGGGGCUCGUGUUCAUUGUUGUUAUGUAAGGCCCGGUGGAGUUUCUCAAGAUAUUCCUAUCGGAUUUCUAGAUGAUGUUUACGAAUUAUGUUCGAAGAUAGGUGAGCGUUGUGACGAAACUGAGGAUUUGUGCACUGGUAAUAGAUUAUAUUACGCCAGGACUGCUGGUAUUGGACAAGUAUCUGCACAUGAUGCCAUAAAUCUUGGUUUCACUGGACCAAUGCUAAGAAGCACUGGAGUUAAAUGGGAUUUAAGGGUUGCUCGCCCUUACGAUGGCUAUGAUUUAUAUGAUUUUGACGUUCCAGUAGGUACUUUCGGCGAUAGCUAUGAUCGUCAUUUGCUGCGUUUGGAGGAACUAAGACAAUCUUUAAGAAUUAUCAAUCAAGUUAUUGAUACUAUGCCAGAAGGAGAAGUGAAAACAGAUGAUUCAAAAAUUAGUAUGCCAUCACGGAAAGAGAUGAAAACUUCUAUGGAAUCCCUUAUACAUCACUUCAAAUUGUGUUCAGAGGGAUAUGUUGUACCUCCUGGUGCUACAUAUACAUCAGUGGAAUGCCCCAAGGGUGAACUAGGCUUAUAUAUGGUUGCUGAUGGGACCUCCAGGCCAUAUAGAGUACACAUUAGACCAUGUUCAUAUCCGCAUAUAUUAGGCCUUACUCAUUUGGCUCCAAAAAUGAUGCUAGCUGAUGUAGCAAUACUAGUUGCUACUAUAGACGUCGUUUUUGGUGAUGUUGAUCGCUGAAAAAAGUUAAAAUAGUAAGACAAUUUUGUUAAUUAUAUACCUACAUGAGAAUAAAUGAACGAACGGUAAUUAUGAA